ACCAAAACUACGUGGCUGAGAACGAGCUGGCAAAAAUAACAAUUUCCUGGGCAGAAAAACCAACAAACUCGAAUUAACAAGAUGCAACCGAUGCUCGCCAAGCUGCUGCUGACUUUGUGCGGCCUCUGCCUGCUGGCCACCGCCGGCCAGGGCUUCAUAGUCAGCGUAGAUGCCCACAACGAGGAGUGCUUUUUCGAGAAUGUCGAAGGCGGCACCAAAUUCGGCGUUACCUUUGAGGUGAUUGAUGGCGGCUUCCUGGACGUGGACAUUAAGAUCAGCGGCCCCGAGAACCAUGUGAUGCACGAAAGCGAAAAGGAGUCGUCCGGCAAGUACACGUUCGUGGCACCCGCCAAGGGCACCUACACGGUCUGCUUCAACAACGAGCGCAGCAGCAUGACGCCCAAGCUGGUCAUGUUCUCCAUCGAUGUGGGCGAGGCGCCGCAGCGUGCACCGGGCGCACCCGGCGAGGAGGAGGUCGGCCACACCAAGCUCGAGGACAUGAUCCGUGAGCUCUCGGGCACACUGACCAGCGUCAAGCACGAGCAGGAGUAUAUGCACGUGCGCGAUAAGAUCCAUCGAUCUGUGAACGAGAGCACCAACUCCCGUGUGGUGUUGUGGUCGACCUUCGAGGCGCUCGUACUCAUCCUGAUGACCGUCGGCCAGGUCUACUAUCUGAAGCGCUUCUUUGAGGUCAAGCGCGUCGUGUAAAAAA